UCUUCCAGACGCCUAGAAGAAUCUGAAGAACAUUAAAUCUCGGCACAAAGAAUAGCAAUCAAGCAAGCUAGCUCAAGGGAUGCUACGCAGUAGCAUGAAGAAGAGCAAGAGACUUGAGUUCUUCCUCGAGUGCGUCAUUUCUCUGUGCGUCAUAAUUCCGCUCGUGAAUGCUUCAAUCCACGAGUAUGCGAACGAAGCUUUCAUUCAUAGGUCAAAUGCUUUCUUCUUCCAUGGCGGCAGCGAAGGACUUUACGCUUCUAAGAUUCGCGAUUCUUCUACUCCUGUUCCCCCAGACAAGCCUCUCAAGGGCAAGUCCUUUAUUAGGUUUGACACCGUCACUUUUGUGAGGCCUAAGGAAUAUGCAAAUAAGCAUAAUGAGAUGCAGCAAAACACUGGCUUGGUGGAAGCCAUAAUACUUGAGGUAAAGGAUAGAGAAAGAAUUGGAGGUUCGUUUCUGAAGUCUGAUUUGAUAUGCUGCACACCUACUCUUUCUAAAGAGGGACACUGCACUACUGGGGAAGUUAUCAUUCUGAAAAACCAAGAAAAUUCUGAGUUUCCUAAACGGAUUAAGACAUUUUUCCAAGGAAAUAAUGAAGAAGUUAAAAUGGAAACGCAAAGCAUCCAAAUAAAUAGCACAGGGAUGUACUACCUUUACUUUAUGAUUUGUGACCCUCAGCUUAAAGGGACAAUUGUAAAAGGAAGGACUGUAUGGAGGAAUCCUGAUGGUUAUCUGCCAGGGAAGAUGGCUCCUCUUAUGACGUUCUAUGGCUUUAUGUCAUUAGCAUACCUCCUGCUUGGCCUUGUCUGGUUCCUGCGAUUUGUUCAGUUUUGGAAGGAUAUCAUUCAGCUGCACUACCACAUUACAGCAGUAAUUGCUCUUGGAAUGUGCGAAAUGGCUAUAUGGUACUUUGAAUAUGUCAAUUUUAAUUCUACUGGAACUAGGCCAAUGGGAAUCACUUUGUGGGCUGUGACAUGUAGCUGUGUCAAAAAGACUCUUUCUCGCCUUCUUCUAUUGGUUGUCUCAAUGGGUUUUGGUGUGGUGAGGCCAACCCUUGGUGGUAUCACUUCAAGGGUUCUUCUUCUUGGGCUGGUUUACUUUGUUGCAUCAGAGGCUCUUGAGCUUGUUGAAAACCUGGGCAACAUCAAUGAUUUUUCUGGGAAAACAAAGUUAGUUUUGGUCCUUCCUGUUGUUUUCCUAGACACCUGCUUUAUUCUUUGGAUUUUUUCAUCCUUAUCUAAAACAUUGGAGAAACUUCAGAUAAGGAGAAACAUGGCUAAACUGGAGCUUUAUAGAAAAUUUACUAAUACUCUUGCGGUGUCUGUGCUGCUCUCUAUUGCAUGGAUUGGAUUUGAGCUAUACUUUAAUGCAACUGACCCUUUGAGUGAGUUGUGGCGAAUUGCUUGGAUUAUUCCUGCUUUCUGGACGCUUCUUGCAUAUGCUCUGUUGGCGGUGAUAUGUAUCCUUUGGGCUCCUUCUCGUAACCCUACUAGGUAUGCCUACUUAGAGGGAACAGGAGAUGACUUUGAUGAGGAGGGUAUCUCUCUGACAAGUGGCGUAAUGAAGAUGAGCGGCGACGUGGCUGCUAAGCUGGACCGGAAAGAAAGAAAAGGGUCUAGUGCCACAGAUCUUACAUAUGUGGAAGAUAUUGAGGAAGAUAAGCGUGAGUAAUAUUGUUUAACCCCGCCUGUAUAGCAAUGGACAUGGAUUGGAUUCCGUAUGACUUCUUUUCUUUCAGGAGGCCCUUUGGUGUGUUCAUAAGCAUGUGUGGUUUAUAUGUAAGACAGAACAGACCAUUUGGCAAAUGGAAAUUAGGCUAAAAUUGUUCAAAUGUAAAAGUGGUUCUUACCAACAUAAAUGGAUAUAGAACAAGACUUUAGCAGAA